CUUCUCCUCAGCAGAAAAUGUCCUCAAAACAAGAAUACACAUCUACACAAUCAGAACAUUUCUCUGAAAAAAAGAGUAAGGAGGAGAUGUGGGCCCAGAUGAGUGCACACCAGUAUGCAUGUCUUAACGAAAUUCUCAGGAAAGAUUUCAAGAAGAAAAUGCGUAAAAUGUAUGAAAAGUCUGAAAGCAACAUCUGUUCUAACAGAGUGCCAAUUCCCAGUAAGCCCAAAGAGAAAGCAUACUUAAAGCAGAAAAUGACUGAAGAAAAGAAGAAACAUGAUGGACAAGAUGCACGUGUGCAUUCAAGACUUCCUUUGGUCAGGAGGAAGGAGGACGUGAAGGAGCAAGCUGAUUGGCACCACACACAACUGAAUGAACUCCUCAGAAAUGAUAUAAAGGAAUUAAUAAAGGAGGAAUUGGCUACAGGGCAUGCAAAGAUGAGGGAACUCCUCAGAAAGGAUCUAGAGGAAAUUAGGGGAAUACUCAAGAAGGAAUUAAGACAACUAUUUGUGGAGGAGAUGGCCCUGCUGCAAGAGCAGGAGCACUGGAAUCUGCAGUACCUGAAGGAACUCUUUAGAAGGGAAUUAAAAGAGAUGGUUCGGCAACAGGUUAAAAAUUCCAAAAUUAUCAUUUGUCCUAAAGAAGAGCCACUACCUGGUGCCUCUAAAGGAACUGCAGACUACCAGAGAACAUCUCUGGAACAAAGAAAAAAGAAAAAACAUGGAAGUGACCAUGACAGUGCCCCUUCACAUUCAGAAAAGCCCUCAGUGCAAACUGAAGAGGAAGUCAUUGGUGGGCAGAGUGAUUCCCGUCGUAUGCCUCUAAAGGAACUCAUUAAAGAAGAUUUAAAAGAAGCACUUUCUGAAAUACUUGAAAAAUAUAAAUGUGAUACAUGUAUGAAGAAAGAACUACCUCAUAUCCGUAAUGGAAGAAAACAACUAAGGAAAAUAUCUACAAAACAAGAGCUAAGGAAGAAAUAUGACAGUGAGUCCUUAUAUUCAGAGAAGCCUGCUACCAAGACAGUGAAGGAAAUGGAGCAUGAGCACAGUGAAUUGCAGCACGUGCAUCUUAAGGAACUCAUUAAAAAAGAUUUAAAGGUGAAAAUUUGUGAUGUGCUUGGAAAAUACAAAAAUGUUUGCCCCGAGAAAGAAGGACUACCUCGUGUCUCUAAGGGGAAAACAAGAUUAAAGAAAAUCACUGAAGAUCAAGAAAAGGAGAAGUGCAAUGUUGAAUAUGCAUCUUUAUGGUCAUGGCCUUCUGUGAAAACUGAUGAGGUGACAAUAGACCAGCAGAAUUCACUACAGUACAAACACCUUAAAAAAUACAUCAGAGAAAAUGUAAAGGAGAUGGUUCAUGAACAACUUGAAAAUGCUGAACUUAUUAUUCAUCCUAAGGAAGAGCCUGUACCUGAUGACUCUAGAAGAGAAAUAUCCACAAAGGUUAAAGAAAAGAAGUCAGGGUAUCUGCAUAUACCCGUUUUCGAGUCUUUUGAGCACAGAAUCGCUGCACUGCGGGCUACCGCACACGUUGAACCAGCUCCUGCUGCCUGCCCUCGUGAUGCAGGUGACUUGGGUGACAUGGACAAGGCUUUCAAGGCUCAAUUGGCCCGUGCAGUUGCUUUGGCUGACAGCACUGAGCACCAAAGAUGGCAACUGCACACUGACCCUGAGCUUGCUCCUGGUCACCGCACUGGUGACGCCAGGGACCCUCCUCACAAUGCUGACCUGGCUCUUGACAAGCUCAGUAUUGAUCUAGAAUCUGCUCCUCUCUGUGGUCCCAGUGACACUAAGGAUCCUGCUAAUGACGCUGACCUAGCUUUUCACACUGCACAUCCAACUGGCCGCUUCAGACCAAGCAUGAGCACCAACAACAGGUCUGACCUAUACAUGGGUGAUAUACCAGAUUCUACAAGGGUAGUCUGGAGAUCUUACCAAGAAGCUUCCAGUAAAAAGAACGAUGGCCAGGUUGGUGCUGCAGUUGAUUGACAGUCCUUUGAAGCAGUCAAAUUGAUAUCUACAUUAGCAAGAAUUUUAAAACAUAUAGAAAUUCAAAAGAAAAAUAUUCCUCUGAAAGAGGACAUUCUAUAUAUUGAACUCUGUACACAAAUUUUUAAUGAUUUUCAAUUAAAAUAUACUAUGAAAAAUUUUAAA